AUGACAGGCUUUAUAGCACGGCUUGAAGAGGCGACGCGAUGGUUCCCUGCUGGGAUGAGUCGCGAGGAGCGAAGCCUUGUCCGGAAGUUGGACCUGCUUGUGCUGCCUUAUGCCUGUCUAUCCUUCUUCGUUAAAUAUCUUGAUGUCUCAGCACUGACGAAUGCAUAUGUAUCGGGAAUGAAGGAAGACCUCGAUCUGGGCGGGGACAGGCUGAAUUAUAUCAACGCAGCCUACGAGGUUGGAUAUGUUGUAUUCCAAAUCCCCAGCAACCUGGUCCUAAUCAAAUAUCCUGCUCAAUACUAUCUUCCUUUCGCCGAAAUCUUCUGGGGCUUGUUUACCCUUGGAACUGCCUUUGUCAAAACCUAUGAACAACUAGUCGUGAUGCGGUUCUUCGUCGGAUUGAGCGCGACGUCCUGCUAUGUUGGACUUGUUCACGUCGUAAACUCUUGGUACAGAAAGAAAGAGCUAGGCCGCCGCAACGCUCUCUUCUGGAUUGCAAACCCCCUCGGCCAGAUGAUCGCCGGCGUCCUCCAAGCAGCCGCGUAUACAAACCUCAACAACAACCACGGCCUGCAAGGCUGGCGCUGGCUAUUCAUCAUUUGCACUGUCAUCACUAUCCCAGUUGCAUUCCUUGGCUUCUUCAUAUUCCCCGACAUGCCAGACCGCACAAAAUCCCGCUUCCUCUCCGAAGACGAGAAAGCACUCGCCAGGAAGCGUCUGGCAGAAGAAGGCUUCAAACCAUCAACCGGGCUAAGCAAGACCCUAUUCAAGCGCGUCCUCGGUUCCUGGCGCGCAUACGCAUUCGUCCUCCUGCUCGUCGUCUUCUGCCAACAAACAUACUCUGAAGCAACCCCGUUCAUCCUCUGGCUCAGCUCUCAGCCAGAGAAAUACUCCAUCUCGCUCGUCAACGACAUGUCAACAAUAACCCACGGCACUGCAGCAGCCGGAGCACUGAUCAUGAGUUUCUACUCUGACCUGCGGGGAUCAAGAAUCGAACCAAUCGUUCUAUCGGGGGUACUUUGCAUAUUCGCGAAUCUCGUACUUGCGAUCUGGAAUAUCCCAGACGGACUCAAGUUCUUUGCAUAUAUCUCUGUUGGAUGGUCGUAUGGUACCAUUCCGGUUCUGAUAUCGUGGACAGCAGAGGGUUUGGCAAAUGAUCUCGAGGUAAGGGCUAUUGCGCUGGCCAGUUAUAAUACCAUCUCUGAGAUUUGUGGACUGGUUGUGCCUCUGAUUGCGUGGCCUGUUUCGAAGGCACCCGGGUUUAGGGGUGGGUUUAUUUGGGCGACUGUACUCAGUGUACUUUAUCUACUCAAUGUUGCUUUUAUCCAGGUUAAGCUUCGGAGGGAUGAGAAGAAGGCAACUAUGGAGGAACAGGUUGCCAGGGAAGAGUCGGACUCAGAGGCAGUGGUUAUACAGCAGGGGCCUCCAAAGCUAUAA